AUGCCGCAUCUCGACCCAUACUUCAAGCAGGUCGAUGGCCUUCAGGAGACCUUCAUCCAGAGACUGAGGGAAGCUGUCGCCAUUCCCAGUAUCAGUUCCGAGGAUGAGAGGAGGCCGGACGUCGUCAAGAUGGGCCACUGGCUCGCCGACCAGAUCAAAGCCCUCGGCGGCGAGGUCGAGCUCCGUGAGCUUGGAAAGCAGCCCGGCCACGAGCACCUCAACCUCCCUCCAUGCAUUCUCGGCCGCUACGGAAACGACCCCAACAAGAAGAGCAUCCUCGUCUAUGGUCACUACGACGUUCAGCCUGCACAGAAGUCGGAUGGAUGGGCGACUGAUCCUUUCACAUUGACCAUCGACGACAAGGGCCGCAUGUUCGGUCGAGGCAGCACCGACGACAAGGGACCCGUACUCGGGUGGUUGAACGCCAUCGAGGCCCACCAAAAGGCCGGUGUCGACUUCCCAGUCAACCUGAUCAUGUGCUUCGAGGGUAUGGAGGAGAACGGUUCCGAGGGUCUUGACGAGCUCAUCGCGGAGGAGGCGAAGAAAUUCUUCAAGGAUGCCGACGUUGUGUGCAUUUCGGAUAACUACUGGUUGGGUACCGAGAAACCAUGCCUGACCUAUGGUGUUCGUGGCUGCAACUACUACUCUGUCGAGGUAUCUGGCCCCGGACAGGAUCUCCACUCCGGUGUCUACGGCGGCAUGACACACGAGCCCAUGACCGACUUGAUCCGCAUCAUGAACUCGUUCGUUGACCCCGAUGGCAAGAUUCUGAUUAAGGGAAUCGACGAUUUGGUCGCCCCCUUGACCGAGCAGGAGGCAGCCCUCUACCCACCCAUCGCCUUCACCAUGCAGGAUCUCCACCAGUCCCUGGGCAGCGAGGUUUCUAUCCACGACACCAAAGAGGAAGCCCUCAAGCAUAAGAUGCGCUACCCAUCUCUCUCUCUCCACGGCAUCGAGGGUGCUUUCUACACCCCCGGCGCAAAGACCGUCAUCCCCGCCAAGGUCAUUGGCAAGUUCUCCAUCCGAACCGUCCCCAACAUGGAGAUCGACCCAGUCACAAAGCUCGUCGAGGAGCACGUGAACCAGGAAUGGGCCAAGCUCGGCUCCAAGAACAAGAUGAAGUUCAAUGUCGUGCACUGUGGAAAGUGGUGGGUCGAGGACCCUAACCACCCCAACUACACUGCGGCCGCGAAGGCCGUCGAACGCGUCUUCGGCGUCAAGCCAGACAUGACCCGCGAGGGUGGAAGUAUCCCCGUCACAUUGACCUUCCAGGAGCAAUUGGGCAAGAACGUGUUGUUGCUCCCCAUGGGUAGCUCCACGGAUGCUGCACACUCCAUCAACGAGAAAUUGGAUAAGAUGAACUACAUCGAGGGCACCAAGUUGCUCGGUGCCUAUCUUCACUAUGUUGCUGGCGAGUUGAAAUAG